CGGGCGCCGGACCCCCAGGCGGAACUACAGGCCUCGGGCCCUCAGGCAGAGCGGCGGGCGCCGGACCCCCGGGUGGAGCGACAGGUCUCGUGCCCUCAGGCGGAGCGGCGGGCGCCGGACCCCCAGGCGGAGCGACAGGUCUCGGGCCCUCAGGCGGAGCGGCGGGCGCCGGACCCCCAGGCGGAGCGGCGGGGCGCCGCGUCAUCUGGCAAGGCAGUGGGCUCCGAGUCAACUGGUAUGACCGCGGGCACUGGGUCAGACAUUGGAUCGUCUGACUGGACAGCGGGCAUCGGGUCACCAGGCAUCAAGUCAUUUGGCUUGACAGCGAGCAACGCGUCAUCUGGCAAGGCAGUGGGUUCCGAGUCAACUGGCAUGACCGCGGGCACUGGGGCAGACAUUGAAUCGUCUGGCUGGACAGCGGGCAUCGGGUCACCAGGCAUCAGGUCAUUUGGCUCGACAGCGGGCACCGCGUCAUCUGGCAAGGCAGUGGGCUCCGAGUCA